ACAACAAACUAAUGAAGAAUUGUCAUAUAAUUUUUCUACUUGUUUGACAAUUUCGCAUUUUUGUUGACUAGUUAGUUACACAUACCUGUACAGUUUUAAUGGGGUAGCGCUAAAACCGUCUGUUACUAGUUUCACGUUAGCCAGCUAACGUUAGCUGACAGACACAAAUAAUUAAUAAACACGAAUUAGCCAGUUAACCUUCACUAGAGAUGGACCUGGAUAUUCGUCAGUAUCUAUCCAAGGCAAAGGAGCAACAAGACUCUGGAGCUCUGCAGUCAGCCUACCAUUUAAUCACGGACAUGGCAGCAGCUGGAAGCAGUGGACGAACACCAGGCAUUGCCCCAGAGUUGUACGUUGCGUGUGCGGAAGCAGCCCUACAGCUGGGUUGUUUGGAAAUAAGCACAGUGUGUCUAAAGAUGUACUUUGAAGGGAAUCUGCAGGCUAAUCAAUUUUUGUGUCGAGCCUACCUCUGCCAGGGCCAGCUGAAGUCUCCGCCGGCCACUGGGAGUUUGGAAGACUUUGAAGAGGCUGUGAUGUAUUUUCUUAAAGCAAUUGAAAUUUCAAAGCAUGAACCAAGAUACCACUUCAUGGUGUACAAUGCCUCAGUGCUAUAUUUCCAGACAGUGCGUCCUCUCCUGCAGCCAGGGAGGUGCCUCCACCUGGUUCCCUCCCUCAGGCAGGUGGUCCAAAGUCUGGAGGAGGUGGCAGACCAAGACCACAGCUGGAGGGCUGAACUCAUGAUGCACUUGAUCAAAUGUCUUGUCGACUCUGGGAAAAUGGAGGAUGCUGCAAGUUUUGCCAAAGUUACAGAAGAAUUGAUCAAGUUACACACCCCACAUCUCCAUCCAAGACUCUUUAUGUUACUGGUACAACAAAAUCUGACAGAGAGUGAUGUCCUCAUUGAAAUGAGCAGGCAGAAUACCACCUUAGCAGUCAUUUACAAAAUACAGGAAUUUAAAAAGUAAGCAAAUUUUCCUGUUGUUUGUAGCAGGCUGGAAGAAAUAAAUAAGGAUGAGCUGAGGAAAGAGGAUUCUGCCAAGCUUGAGGAGAUUUUCCAUCUCCUGGUGGAUUGUACCAAAGCACCCGCUAUGCUAGUGAACCUUAGCCCUCCUCAGAGCCCAAUCCCUAUCCAACCAUCUGACAGAGUUGCCUUCCUCCUGGAGUUGGCUCUGCUGGCCUUGCAAGUGAAGCAUCAGAAAGUAGCUGCCGACUGUUUGAAAGAGCUAAAGUCGACGAGAGAGGCUAGCACUGGUCAACGCAUAAUAAUUGAAUGUGUCAACUGUGAAAUCAACCUCCUGAAGACAGAGGCGAAGAUGAAGGACUAUUCCAAAGCCAGUGUGGAGGCCCGCCUGAAGGAGAUAGGCAAGCUGGAUAAGUGGCUGCAGACUGCUGUGAGAGAGGGGGACCCUCAGGCAGUGCAGGCAGUGUGUGCUACCCAGUGGAGAUUCUGUCUGCCCCUCUUACAGCACAACCUCAGGAAAUGCAUCAAGACACCUUUGCUCAGAGUGGUCCAAGGACUGGAAGACAUUCAGAGUAUGUUGCUGGAGAUGCGCUGUCAAGUCCACUCAGAGUUGGCAGUGAUUGAAGAGGAGGAGGGGCGCCUUGAAGCUUCCUUCACUCACCUUCAGAAAGCCAUGUUGCUGGAUAAUGGGACACAACGAGAACGCCUGUCGACAGUUUUGCACCUCCUGCAGCUCAGAGGGACCAUCUACCAAACACCCUCCCGGACCGAGGAUAAAGCCGCUAUGCUUAUGCAGCAGGCCAGGGACAUGCUACCCCAAGAUAAGACAGACACUCGUCCCAUUCUGGUUGCUGUGGGUCUCCUUUUGGGCCCUGAUGAUUUCCAGAUGGUGCUGGAUGGAGACAACACCUCCAAAAUUCCCUUCGGCAGUCUUGGAUCUGGACCAGUGGCUCAGUUCUCUGCUAAGGCUCAGCAUCACUCUACAUCUUUACAGAAGGUGGAUGGACAUCUGGCCAGACAAGGCAGUGAUGCUGACAACACAGAGAGGAUGAAGUUGUGGGCAACACUGGUGAAGACAGCCAGGAAACAGGAAGUUUGGGAUGUGUGCCGAGCUGCUUGUCGAUUCUGUUUGCUUUAUGAUGAUGGGAGAUGGAGGAUUUCCAAGGCUGACUCUCCAGAAUGUAGAUGCUCAGAGGAGGUGAGCUGUGCAGAAUGUCUUCAUGGAUGCAAUGAAAGCCAAACCUGUGUGAGGGACUUACUGCGCCUUUUAGCUGAAAUCCGCUUCAUCAGUGCCGAGGCCACAGUCGAAAAGCUGCUAAUGGAGGGGGUGCAGCUUAACAGCCCUGCUGUCCCCCCAAAGGAGAAAGGGGUUUAUGUGUCUGAAGAGGACCCACACUGGGUUAUUUACAGAGACUGGAUCCAGGCUCUGUCUGCCUACGCCACCUCCAACUUCUUGCGGGCAGCCGAGCUCGGAUCAGAGAUUAGGGAGCCGUGGGUGGUUGCUAAUGCAGCCAUUUACCUGUGGAACUACAGCAGCCCCUUACUGGCAGCUGGGGAGUACCAAUGUCUGCUUCCCGCCUUCAAGAGUUUGGUGGAGAUGCUACAAAAGAUAGAGUGCACUGGAAAUCAUGCCCUGGUUGUGCUACUGUGUGAUGCUGUGGCCCGGGGGUUGAUCCAGCCUCUGUGUGGACCAGACAAAAACAGAGCUGAGAAGGGGACUGAGAAGCCUGGCACUGUCCAUGGGGUUUUCUCAGACCCUAGUGCCCUGCAGGAUGUACACAAGGCAUUAGAGCUGUGUGACUACGCCCUUCAAAUAUCCAGCUGUAGCAUCCCAGGGGAGACAGUCCCCAUCGCAGCACAGAAACAAGUGGUGGCCACAUGGGUGCAGAUCAAGAGGCUGUUGCAACAGCAGAUUGGCUCAAAGACUGACGCUAAAGAUGAGUAUGAGAAUGAGAAGGUGUCAGUGAUGACACGCGUGCUGGUUGGAGUGGAGAUGCGCCAGUGCAAUAGGAACCCCAGGCAAAUGGAGUUCUCUGUUCCCAGUCUCUCCACACUGGUGAGCAUGACAUUAGAAUGCAGCUGGACGGACGCUGUGGUGGAGUUGCAGGUGUGGUGCCAGCUGGCUGCCUUCUGCCACUAUGCCAAGGACCACAGCUUGGUGUUGUGCUGCACCAAAAGCGCUCUGCACCUGGAAGAAGCAGCAGCAAGGACACUCAACACUAUGCCCUGUGUUUUGUAUGAACUGACUGCAGUGGAUGAGAUGCUCAGCACUGCAGCCUGUUUGAGGGGUUUGAGCUUAGUCCAUGAGUCCAAUGGAGAUCUACACAGUUACAGAGAGGCUAUGAAGGUGCUUCUUUCCAGUGUCAGCUACGCAGAAAAGGCUGAGAAUCCAGCAUUGUGUGUCACAGCUGCCAGACAUUACUGGAACACUUGUCUACCCCUGACACAGACUCCUGAGGAAAGAUGGCAACUUCAAGAUUCCCUGGAGAAGAUCCUGAAUGCUCUGGUCCACACCAGCACCAGACAUGCAAAUAAACAGGGAAAAAUGAAAAGCUUGCUGACCUUGACAGCACUGCCUCUUAGGGGUUCUAAACAUGAAGCAACAGAUGAAGACAACCUAACCUUGAGAGCAGCUAUUUACAGUUUGUUGCUCCACAUCCACAUUGAUAGAAGAGACUGGAAAAGUGCUCUGCAGCUGCUGGACAAAGCUAGUAGAGACAUGCCUAGCACCAGACACAGACUACCUCUGCUUAAACAUCGUAUACUGGUGAAAGCACAACUGGGGGAAAGUGUAUUGAUGGACAUGCAAAAGUUUCAACACGAAGGGGAGCUGUGCUUUUCAAUUAUGUGGCAUCAGGUGGCACUGUGUGCUGGCAAUAUAACUCAACAGCUGACCUGCUACCAGAAAUCCAUCACAUCUCUGUUGAGCACGGAGAAUCAGUGGCAGAAGGUCAACUUUGUGCUAGAGUUUGGAGAGUGGCUAUACUGUCACAACUUCUCCAAAGCCCAUGCCCAACACCAGGUUCAGUGGGCCAUAGACAUCCUUCUACAGUUGGAACUUGAGCAGGCAGAAGGAGCAGAGGACGAGUCCAAAAAGAGGGGUUCGAGUUCAGUGGAAUGUGAGUCCCUGGUAGGAGUCCAGGGCUUGUUAUUCAUGCAAAAUUUGUCAAAUCUGAAGGAAGUGCGACGCCUUGAUUGCUUAGUACAAGCGCACACUCUGCUCGCUGUCAUGGCAGAUAGGACUUCACCUGAGCACCAGCUUAACCUGCUCAGAGCCUACACCUUUGUACUUCAAAUAUGGCAGGUUUCCAUGGCAGUGGCCUUUGAGAUUUCCAGUGAGAUGGCAAAAAGUCAGCCACCUCAGCCUCCUCCCUCUGCUGGAUCCAAAAAAGGCAAAGACAAAGGCAAAUGCAAGAAAGUGAAAGAUACAACCCAUGCAGAAGAAAGACCUAAACCUGUUGUCCUGGAUCAGGCACUUCCUUCCUCUCCGAAGGACUGGGCUUGCUACAUCUGUCCUGACCAGGCCAGGCAGAUAUUCAGAACCAACAGUAACCCCCACUGUAUCAAUACACACAGCAUUACAAAUCAGACUCAAAGCAUGUUUUAUCUCAACCUGCUGGAAAAAGAACUUCACUCACUCUCACUCGAUCACCUGACCUUGCCCAUAAUGCAACUAGCUGAAAUCAUUGCUCAUGACCUUUUGGAGAGGCAAAGUCUCUCGGACCUCUACCGACUUAGAAUUCUGAGGACCUGUUGUCAGCUGAGUUUGGAGACACAUUCACCAUAUCAGGAAAAGCUCCUGAAUUUGUGCAGAAUCCAAGAACAAGAACAGAUGGAGUGCCACAAAGUCAUUGCUUUUUCACAGGAGAGGAGAGGCGUUCACAAAGCUUACAAUCAGAAAGCUGAGAUUGAUGAAAAUGUUGGGUCGGGACGUCAGAGUGUGGAUGUGUGUACACAGGACAUUUGGUUGGACAAAGCUGAGGUUUGCCUCAGCAUGGGGCUCUAUCAACCAGCCCGGCAGCUCCUGGCAGAGGCUCAAUUAAUGGCUCGGGGGCUUAGGGAUCAGAAAGCAAUGGCAAGAAGUUUGCUCAGUCUGGCCACUUUGGCUUGUGAAGAGCAGAAUCAUGGCCAAGCUCUGAUCCUCCUGGACAAAGCCCAAGCCCUGGGUGGGGAUGAGGAGUUUUGGUACCAGCUCACCCUCACCAAGGUUAGAGCUGUAGUAGGCCAGACACACCAAGAUGCACAAACCAAGGUUGAUCAGAUUAUAAAGCAAGGCUGUGGGGCUCUGAAGCUGGUUCUGGAGCAGCGGGUAAACAGAGUCCCAGAGGUCACAUUCUUGAUCACCUCAUUAGAGAUGAGAGGUGCCAUGGAAUGUAUACGUGCCAUUGGCGGUGGUGAACCUGGAGUGACACUCUGCACCAAGGCUGUACAAAGGCUAAUGGCUGCCUGUGAUACACUCAGAGAGUGUGCCAAUAGUUUCACUAAGCUCAGCUACAGAGAACAGGCAGCAGAGGCACAUUUAGAGUAUGCACAUGGUGUGAGAAUUUUAGCCCAUCAUGCAACUGAUAAAGAGGAGAAAAGGCGCUUCCUGCUCGAUGGCCUCUCCCAAAUGCAGCUAGCUGUCACAGUUCAGGAGCAUAUGGUGCUGAACGCUCAGAGCCUGCUACCCCCACAGGCGGAGCGUAAUGGAGUGUCCCUUGCAGCUAUGCGGAGGCUACUGCGCCUGCGACUGGCCCUGGCAGAAUUUUGUCUGGCCAUGCUGCAGGAGCACUGCGCUGAGGAGAAACACCAAGCUCUGUCCCGGGAGAAGAAGACCUCUGCUGAGAUAGCUCUGGAGGAAUUUACACGCUGCACACCUGAGCCCAACUCUAUACAACAGGAAUGGGUGAGUGUGGGCAGUACUUUGGGGCAGGUGGCUCUGGGCCAGCUGGCUGCAGUCAGUUCUCACUCCUUGGACAACGUGGAAACCAGAGCUUGCUGCCUGAGUCUGAUGGGAAAGUACCUGAGACUGCUGGCUGUGCAGAAGGACCCCCUUUAUGCGUGUGCCCUCUGGGACAAACACAAGCAUAAGGAGGCCUGGUCUGACCCUAAAACCAUUUCUGUGAAGGAGAAGAAUUCAGAGAAACCGAAAGACAGAGAAUCAAGCAGAAAAAAGCUAAGGAUGACAUCUGCCAAAAGUGCUGAGUUGCAGCGGAGCAGGCAUAAAGCCAAGCAGCUGUUGGCACAGGCCAGUAAAGCACUCGCUGAAGCCAUCAGCCUGUGUCUCCAACAUAACCUGCCUUUUUCCAUCCUGGCUGAUGCCUCUAUCAACAUGUUGGACUGUCAUGGCCAGUCGGACCCUGCAGUGGCAGGACAAUAUCUUGCCCUGUUUCAGAGCUGCUGCACUGUUGCUAUGAUAGGUGAAGUCCUAAGUUCUGCCUGUGCUGACACCAGUUUGUCCCAGCUCUCGGCUCUGCUCAAUCUCCACAGAAAACUGCUCCUCUCUCAGGAGGAGAGGCCCAGCAGCAUGCUGAAGGGAGCCGAGGACACCCUUAACAGUCUCUCCAAGGCCUUCAGCCAACUGACCAUCAAUCCCAACCACCUAAAUAUCCUUGCAGAGCUCCCACCCAACCUGAAAAUCCUGCUGCUUCAGCAUUCAGAAGAUGGGUCAGAACUUUAUGGGGCCUUCUAUGAGAUGACCAAAGCUCCAGAAAAUCAAAAAGGAAAGACUACACAAGUUACAGGUACCGUGACGUGCGCUAGAGUGGCCAAGGUUUCAGUCUGCCCUCAGGCUCUGCUGGCACUGAGGGAGCAGACUCGGGCCUUUGGCCAGGAGAAUAGACAUGCCCUCCUCAAGGAAGUCUGUUGGCACGGUGCUGAGGGCAGGCUGGAGGCAUCUGAGGAGCACCAGGUUAUUCCUUGUAAAAGUGCCGCAGAUGAAAAGUUAGCUGCUCACUUCUGCAAACUUGUACAAGAUAUGGAAGACUAUUUGAAUCCACUUCUCACACAGUUUGACUUCUCUUGCCUAAGGCUCCAGGCUGCAUCAGUACCAUUUCCUGAGAUGACCAAAACCAAUGAUAAAGAAGUAAAAGGGAGCUCAAGUAAAUUACCAACAGACCCAAGGGAGUAUGUGGUGUUGCUGGCAGACAGAAAGUUGCUGGAGUUGCCACUGGAAUCCUUGUCCAUCCUGCAGGAGGAAGGCCUGAGAUCUGUGUCACGAGACUUUUCCCUCCAGCUUCUCCACAGUCGACUGAACAGAGCAGAACCAGAGAAAGUUGAAAGUGACAACAAAAAGGACACCAAAGGUGGCAAGGGAACUAAAGGGAAGGGAGAUCAAAGCCAACCCAUCAAAGUGAUACCUGCCAAUAGUGCCUCACCGUCAAGCACCUUCCCAGUUGACACACGAAACUUCAAAUAUAUUGUCGACCCUUGCAAUGACAGCAACUGUGAAGGGACCAGUUUGAGCACGAAGAUGAAGGAGAUUUUGAAUACCCACAGCAAGCAUUUCACCCAUCUGUGGGAGGGCUUCAUGUGCAGCAAACAAACACCCAGCCUGUCCGAGAUGGAGCAGCUGCUGUGCAAAUGCAGUGCCUUUAUUUACCUGGGGCGGGAGCGCUUCAUGGCAAACAUUCCACCUGCCAAACUAGCAGCCCUCAGUCUAUCUGAGUGCCGCAUAGCUCUGCUCUUUGAGCAGAUUCAGAACAAUGCCAGCAUUCUUCACCAAUCAGUCCUUGACAUGCACAAGCGUGCAGGCCAGCUUGCCCUGGAGAAACCCCUGGAGACUGCUCUGUUGUUAAGUUUGGGUGGUGUCGGCUGUGUUGUCCUCAAUCAGUGGGACAGCAGCCUUCAACAGAACACACACAAUAUGGCCAUUGUUCUAGACAAUCUACUUAGGGUCAGACAAACCUCUGGUCAGACCAUCCAUGCCGUGAGGAAAGGGAACAGUUCAGAGAUACCACAUCACAAGGUUACCGGAUCAUGUGAUCCGGUGCUCCUCAGUGACUCAAAGGAACAUAAUGUUCACCAGAAAAAGACUCUCACACCAUCAGCCUUCAACUGCAUACUUUAUGGACUCCCUAACUUAAUUAUGAUGUAAUAUACUGUAUACCCUCAAUAUAUUCUCACUUAUAUUUCCCAGUUCAAGAUGAUUACAGGCACACAUGUCCGUCGGCUUUGCAAAUACUGUAUUACAGUAUGCAAAAUACUUGAGCUACUGUAGUGUGAGGGCGUUAAACAUUUCAUUAGAGAUGAUUGAUUACUAAAAUUCUCCACUAUGUGAUUUUAUGAUAAUAUUGUGAUAAUAAUAUGAAAAUAUUGUUUUUACCAUACA